AUGAAAGAUAGUAAACCAGGAGACACACUUGUUGCUAAAGGAGACAAUUUUUGUCUCAAACAGUGCCCUACUACGGAUCUUGAAAAGGAAGAGAUGCAUAAGGUUCCAUAUGCUUCAACCGUGGGAAGUCUUAUGCAUGCUAAAGUUUGCACCCGUCCUGACUUAACAUUCAUUGUAGGAGUUCUUGGAAGAUAUCUAAGCAACCCUGGUAUGCAGCACUGGAUAGCAGUAAAGUGUGUAAUGCGCUACCUGAAAAGAACAAGAGACUUCAUGCUCACUUAUCGAAAGUCAGAUAACUUGGAGAUCAUUGGGUAUUCUGACUCAGAUUUUGCAGGAUGCCCAGAUAGUAGACGUUCUACAUCUGGUUACAUUUUUCUCUUGGCUGGAGGAGUCGUCUCCUGGAAGUCUUCCAAACAGACUUUAGUGGCUCCCUCCACCAUGACAGCAAAGUUUCUGGCUUGCUUUGAGGCAUCAAAUCAUGCAAUCUGA